CCCAAUACUCAAUCAGGGCAUCAUACUGUCAUGGACGAGGGGGAAACCUGCAGCAUAAUAAAAGAGCAGCUCUCCAUCACCAUCGAGUGGGCUGCCAAAACGACCUCCCGGAUGGUAUUGUGCAGACUUGCGGCCCUGAAAAGGGAAGAUCGUUCUUUUAAUGGAAAGAACUAUAAUGAAGCAGAUGAGGUUUUCUUAACCGGCGACGCGUCCGAUUCCUGCGUUUCUCUCAUUAUUGAGCAGGAGGUGAUGGUGGCCGCAGAGAUCAUGAUGUCUAAAUUUGAAAGCCUAGUGAAGAACAUUUACGCCGAUUUCCGAUCUCAAGUGUCCAGGUAUCAAAAAGAAAACCAGAACUUGAAAGAGAAGGUGGACACGUUUGGGAAUGUAUUGGGAUUGUCGCACCCGAGCCAAAGAAGUGCCCUGCUUUAUGCGACAGGAGAAAACGGAAAUUCUGAAGACGAGAUCGAUCUGACAGACCGGCGCUUGUCGCGAAGUUCGUCGCGCGACUCCACCGAUCAGCUCCUCGAGUACAAGCGGGCAGACUGCGCCGACUGGAGGAGGUCGUCACCGGGCAGCGGCGGUGCUGCGCGGUCAAUUGAAACCCGCCAGAAAAUGGAACUGGAAAUGGCGAAGCAAGGACCUCCAGAAUUAUUUCUGCCAGCAACAGAUGGAAUGGCAUCAGCUGGCUAUGGCAUUGUGGAAGUGGAUGGUGUGAAAGCACAGAGAAGCACAAAAGCCAGCACUUUGAAAAGUGAAGAGGGAAUAUCAGAGCAGAUUAAAGAAGAAUAUCUUCAGUCCAACUGUUCUGGGGUUUCUGAUGGUAGUCAGGAGCAGGUGUCCUUCAGCACUGAAACAAUCACUGUGAAAGAGGAGGCUUUGGAAGUGGAUCUUUCUUCUUCUCCAGUUAAUCAGGACAUUCAUACUGUAGAGUGUUUGGAAGAAGAUGGGUACCUUAUAAAUGUCCAUCCAUUUAUUGCAGCCACUUUAACCAGAAGCUCUCCCAGCAUUAGGUGCAGAGCAGAGACCAUGUUUAGAUGGGACUCCAGUCUGUCACAAGACAUUACUUUAAAUAGGGUUAAGGAGGUCCAUUUGGGUGCCUUGCAGGGCAGUUCACACUCGGAGUCACCAUCCAGAGGUGAGCAUUCAGAAAAGAGGAGACUUGACGUAGUCGAAAUUGGGGAAGUGGAGCAACCGGGCCACAGUGUCUGCACAUCGCAGAUCUAUGAUGAAAGUUUAGAGGCUUUCAGGGAACUCUGUCACCUUGCAAACCAGCAGAGAAACAACACUGAAGAUAAAACCUACCAGGGGACGGAAUACAGGAUGACCUUAAACUGUGCUAAAACAUUUAACGAACUCUCAGGAGAAAAACUGAACCCACGAACUGACUUUGCAAAGAACUCCAGCCAGGUUAGACUGCAUAUGAAACAUCAUAAAAUUCACAUUGGAGAAAAUCCAUACCGAACGGAUGAGCUGCCAAAGGCAUUCACAGAAAGUGAAAAGUAUAAACCCAACAAGAGGGGUGAAAAACCAUAUCAGUGCCUUGAAUGCGAAAAGACUUUCACCACAGCUCACUCCCUUAAACGCCAUCAGAAAAUUCACACGGGUGAAAAGCCGUACCAAUGCACCGAAUGUGGAAAGAAUUUCAUCCGCGCGACGCAACUGAAGACCCAUCUGAUAAAUCACACAGGAGAAAAACCCUGCCAGUGUGCCGAAUGCGGGAAGACUUUUUGUGCAGUUCAAACCCUUCGACGUCACCAGAGACUUCACACGGGUGAAAAGCUUUACCAGUGCGUCGACUGUGGAAAGGUGUUCUUUGAAAAUGGAAGGCUUAAGCAACAUCAGAGGAAGCACAUGCGGGGGAAAAAAAACAUAGAAGUGGAAUAAAUGGGCAAGGACUGGAGGAAACCACUGGGGAAUUCACAGCUGUGAGCACCAGUAUUUCUAAAAACUGGCCUCAGAUUUAUAAAACAUGCAUACGCACAAAAACAGGACCAGCUUUCCAUGGAAACCUAUGGCGCCCCAUAGGUAU